AUGAUUGCUCUCGGAGCAUCAGUGGCUGGAGUGUUUGCUCUCCUGGUUAUCUUGGCCAUCUUUUUCGUCGUUAGAAGGAAAAAUGGAAAAAGUACUGAGGUUCCGGGACCUCCAUCAAUCAUAACAAAAGACCGCAGGAUCACGUAUCCCGAGGUACUGAAGAUGACAAACAACUUCGAGAGAGUUAUUGGUAAAGGUGGCUUUGGAACAGUGUAUCAUGGAAACUUGGGUGAUGCUCAAGUAGCUGUGAAAAUGCUCUCUCAUUCAUCAGCUCAAGGUUAUAAAGAGUUCAAAGCAGAGGUUGAGCUUCUUUUAGGAGUUCACCAUAGGCAUUUGGUGGGACUUGUUGGUUACUGUGAUGAUGGAGAUAAAUUCGCUUUGAUCUAUGAAUACAUGGCAAACGGAGACCUAAGAGAGAAUCUGCAAGGGAAACGUGGAGGCAAUGUUCUAACCUGGGAAAACAGAAUGCAAAUAGCUGUAGAGGCAGCACAAGGAUUGGAGUAUCUACACAAUGGAAGUAUACCUCCUAUGGUCCAUAGAGAUGUGAAAACUACAAACAUCUUAUUGAAUGAGCGGUCUCAAGCAAAACUAGCUGACUUUGGGCUAUCUAGAUCUUUCCCAGUCGAUGGAGAAUCUAAUGUCAUGACAGUCGUUGCUGGAACACCUGGUUACCUAGACCCUGAAUACUACAAAACCAACUGGCUAAGCGAGAAGAGUGAUGUGUACAGCUUCGGUGUUGUGCUGUUAGAGAUAGUCACAAACCAGCCUGUGAUAGAUAAAAACCGAGAGAAACCUCACAUCAAUGAAUGGGUUGGCUUCAUGCUCACCAAAGGAGACAUCAGGAGCAUCAUUGACCCGAAACUCAUGGGGGACUAUGACACAAACGGUGCGUGGAAGAUUGUAGAGCUGGCUCUGGCCUGUAUGAACCCAUCUUCGAACCGGAGACCAACAAUGGCACACGUUGUGAUGGAGCUAAACGAGUGUGUGGCCUUGGAAAUUGCAAGAAGACAAGGUAGUGAAGAUAUGUUCCCAAAGGGUUCUGCUCUGUUUAGCUCAUCUUCUGCUUCUGAUUUUGGCCCUAGAGCGAGAUGA